CUGCAGAUCCACGAUCUCAAUGAUCAGAGACACAAGGUGCUCUCGAGGAGGGCAGCCUUCCCGGCCAACGUCGCGGCCGCUUCGUACGUGUUCGACGACGACGCGGUCUCGGCCGCCCAGAUGGAGGAGUUCAGGAGCCAGGCGAAGGUGCAGGCAGCGAUCUUGGGGGACGGCGAGUUCGACGACGUCGAGGUCCACAAGUGGGUCGUGUACCAGGUCGACGAUGAGCACUUCGGCAAGGAGGUGCCCGAGGAGGUGCUGGCGGACGGACAGAGGUUCGUCCAUCUCGGGAACCUCGGUGUCGUGGACUGGCUCGGCGCCAAGCGAUUCGUGGAGCGAGUCAGGGACGACAAGGUCGACGACUGGAAGGAGAAGCGAGAGUCUUCGGAAGGCGACUCGAGGAUCCUCGGCUUGCAUCGCAAGAGGGGGAAGCGGAACUUGGCCCUCUCGGAUGCGGUCGACCUCUUCACGGAGGAGACGUUCGACGACUGGCCUUUCCCCCCGCCUAGGGCCGCCAAGGAGUACCUGGAGUCGAUGCGGGACGGGCCCGGCUCGAUGGUGGUGUACGAGAGCGAGUGGAGGCAGGACAGUGGUGUUGGCGACGGUACGGCGGCGCUCCACGAGCACCGCAACAACACCGAGGUCCUGCGGCUGGCCCACCAGGUGGACCAGCUCAACGUGCCCAACCUGGCGUGCUUCGAGCAGUUGGUGCGCAGGCAGAUCCAAAUUGAGAUGGCGGUCGAGAGGAACGCGAAGCACCCCGACUACGCCGGCCUGGACCUGGUCAUGGGCGGCCCGACUACGGAGAGCGGUGCGGCGGCCAGCGCGGGCUUCCGCGGCUGGAUCUACAAGAAGCAGGGAGAGCGUGCGCAGACCCUCCAGCAGUCUCGUCUUCUUCGUGAGGAGCGGCUCAACGAGGACAAGCGUCAUAGGAGUGGCAAAGCAUGUCCGUCCCCGCCGACAGUUUUGACCGUGGAGGCGCUGGCGUUCGGCGGCGACUCUGCAGCCAGAGGCGACAUGGGGAGAUCUUUCCGCUUCCGUCGCCGGCGGCUCCGAGCUUGGCUUCUCCUGGCGCUCCUCGAUAUGUUCAGCAGCGUCGGCGUGAGCAGCUCCAUCGGCAUCAGCGAGAGUGGGCGGGGGACGCCCUUGCAAUGCGACGUCCUGCAGCACGUCGCUCGGCGCGUCAAGGCGUACGGCCCGCCGCCUCGAGACCUGGGCGAAGACGGAGCCCUCGCGGAGCUCCUUGCGUCCAGGGACCUGUACUCGCAGGAGCCGAAGAACCUCGCCGAGUACGACAUCUCGAAGCUCAAGAUCUGCCGCUCGGGCACCGUGGCGAAGGACGCAAAGACGCUCCUGCCGCCCGAGACGGCGGGCCUCAUCAAGCACUAUAAGCAUUGCGUGGAGCGUGAUGCGGAGCAGAUACUGGAAGCUCGGGCGGCUGUGGACUUUCCCAGGCCGUAUUGGGACCCGAAGCUGGCGCGGGACCACGACAGCCUCUUCGAGCUCGUGGGCCGCCUCAGGGACGCCAACCUCAUCGGCUUCCGCAAGAAGCUCAAGGCGAAGGUCGGCAUCUUUUUCGUCAAGAAGAAGGACCCCGCGUGGAUCAGGCUCAUCAUUGACGCCCGGCAGGCGAACCGCUGCCACAAGACGCCGCCGAAGACACGGUUGGGUUCGGUUGGCGGCUUCUGCGAGCUGGACCUCUCGGACACCGCGUUGCAGGACCUCGGGGGCUUCGGCGGCAUCUCGGAGAUCUGGGGCGGCACCAGCGACGUCGACGACUGCUUCUACCAGAUGCUGGUCGAGGAGCUGGGGUCCUGGUUCGGGAUCGACCUCCCGCGGGCCGCGGGUGCCUGGGGGGUUACCCAGGUCUAUGACGACGACCUGGGUCGACGCGUGGCGGUCGGGCCUUCUGAGGUGGUCUACCCUGUCUUCCACGGCAUGGCCAUGGGGUGGGCGUGGGCGCUGCACUUCGCGAACGAGGCCAUCUCCCACCUGGCCACCAAGAGCGCGGUGUGCCCCCGCUCGCUGGUACGCGAGCGGACGCCGGCCCCAGUGCUGCGGGCGGGGCAGGCCGUGUCGGGCGUGUACGUGGACAACUUCACCACGCUCGCCGGCGACCGCGAGACCGCGCUCGACUCGGUCCAGAGGUUCAGGCACGCGGCGGAGGAGGCGCACAUCGGCACCCACGUCGACUCCGAGGUCGCCGUGGUCUUCGAGAGCCUCGGGGUGGUCUUCGACGGGAAGCGGAGGUGUCUGCGCCACGUGCCGCGACGCGCUUGGCGCGUCUACCUGGCCACUCGGGCCCUUCGGCGACGCCGCUGGAUCCACGGCAACGUCAUGGAGAUCUGGCUGGGGCACGUCGUCAACCUGUUCAGUCUGUCUCGGCCGGCUUUGGCGUGCCUGCAGGCAGUCUACCCCUUUGUCGCGGCGGCGCGCGGGAGGCGCGUCCGCCUUACGCCAGCCAUCAAGAAUGAGAUGCGGCUCGUGCAGGGGUUGCUGUUCCUGUCCGAGUACGACCUGGGGGCCGAUUUCAGCCACGAGGUGUACUGCUCGGACUCCUCGAGCUUUGGGUACGCCUUGCUGUCGACCACUGCGACGAGCUCGGAGCUUCGUGACCUCACCCGCUAUCGUGAAAGAUGGCGGUUCAAGCUCGUCGACACGCUGCCCGAGGUCGGGCUGCUUCGUCCAGAGUGGGUCGAGUACGCGGGGGGCCGCCUCGCGCCUGGAGGAUCGUGGGAGUUUCCUGAGGGUGCCUAUGCUGACGUUGCUGUGCGAGGGUCUCGACCCUGUGCCAUCGGCCCGCAGACGCAGUUUGGGCGCUCGCUGGAGGCAGCUUCCCAGGAGCGGCCUUUUUCCCGGCCUCGAGUCGGGCGCCGCUCACGGGAACCGCGGCCGCGGCCCAGGCAGGAGGAGGUCGAGGUCCCGAGCGCCGUGCCCCCGAUCGACCGCUGCUGGGACGAUCUCCGAAGGUGGAGGCAUCUUCGGGUCGGGCGCUGGCGCUGGACAGAGGAGCACAUCAAUGUCAAGGAAGGCCGCGUGUCCCUCUUCGGCCUUCGCCGAGCGACUCGCAGCCGCCACAACCACGGGAAGCGGGUCGCCUCUAUCGGGGACAACCUGGUCUCAAUCUGUGCCUUCGAGAAGGGCCGCGCGAAGUCGUGGGCCCUCAAUGCGCUGGCGAGGCGGGCGGCUAGUUACCAGAUUGCUGCUCGGAUCCGCUGGCACUCACGGCACGUCGAGAGCAAGCGCAAUGUCGCCGAUGCCGGCUCGCGCCUGCACGAGACUGGGGGAGGGUCGACAGUCGGCCCAGUCGGAGUUCCAGAAGAUACCACAUCAUGUACCAUGCGAUCCGACACUCCCCCGGCCUCAUCUUCGGUCCCUCGGCUCGGCGGUGGACGACACCUCCGAGCGCCUUUUCCAGUGCAGGAGACCGUGGCUCUCGAGCUCUUUGCCGGCGAAGCGGGCCUCACUUGUGCUCUCCGAUCCCGCGGGCUGCGGGUCGGGCCGCCGUUCGAACUGGAGCGUGGUGCGAGGUUCGACCUCACCAGGAAAAGCACUCAGAACCUCAUCAAGUCCUGGAUCCUCUCGGGCCUCAUAUGGUACAUCCACUUGGGUACCCCAUGUACGGUCUGGUCAGUGGCGAGGCGGGGGGUGUCUAAUCUUGGGAAGGCUUACGCUAAGGAGGCGGUGGCGGUGGAGCUGGCUCUCUUCACCGUGGAGGUCUGCGUCUUGGCCUCUAGAUGUGGGGUCCUCUGGAGCCUGGAGAACCCCUCGUCGUCAGGUCUCUGGGAGUUCAAGCCUGUCGUGGACCUCAUGGGGCUCCCCAAGGUCUUCAAGGUCUCCUUCCACAUGUGCCAGUAUGAGGUCCUGCACAAGAAGCCCACCACAGUGCUCACCAACGUCCAGGCCCUGCGUGGGCUUGGAGCUAAUGGGAUGAAGAUCUUGCCUCGCUUGUCGGACGGCGACGGUAUCCAGCCGUCCAGGGAGCGCCUCCGCGGAGUGGUGAAGGGAGCGAUUCUGAAGUCCCCGCUCGAGCGACGGACUACAUCCGCGACCACAGGCUACGGUUUGGCCGCCACCGCCCGCUCUGGGCCGCGGAGGCAGAAGGCACUGAGGAGGCAGGCGGUGGCCGCUAGAGCUGCUGCGCCUCCCGAUCGCUUCCUCCAGGAGAGCACGGCUGGCGAUAAGGCGAAGGACAUCUACCGCCGCGAGCUGGAGAAGUUCUACGACUGGGCCGAGCAGCAGAGCCGUCCCGUCGGAUCCCUCUCGCUGGCGACGACGAUGAAGGAGUAUUUCUUCAGCAAGUUCCAGGAGGGCUAUGGGCCGAGCGUCGGCCGCGCCGUCUUCUUCGGUUACUUGUUGCUGAAGUCCAACAACUACAAGCAGGAGCGGGAGCGCCUCAGCGACGUCGAGAGAGCGAUCGCCGGCUGGGCCAAGCGGUCCCGCGAGGUGGUGAAGGACCCUGCGCCCCAGGAGGUGCUGCUGGACAUGGGCGCGUGGAUGCUGGACAACGGCCGCGGUGAGAGCGCGGCGUGCUUGGCCCUUCAGCUGGACGACUACGGGCGCCCGUCCGAGAGCGUCGAGCUGGUGGUAGGCAACAUGCUGCCGCCUGUCCCAGGUGUCCGCGGCACGGCUUCGCGGGACUGGGGCGUCGUCUUCGCCCCCGCGGAGCUCGGCUUCGUCACUAAGACUGGCCAGGUCGACGACUCCGUGGUGUUGGGCAGUCCUUCGCGGCCGUGGGCUCCGAAGGUGGCUGCCGCGCUGGUUCAGCGCGUGACGCAGACUUCCGGCGGCCGCAGCAUGCCAGCAGAUCCUCGUGCUCCUCUUUUUCGCAGCUUGACCUUGGCAAAAUACGAGCACGACUUCAAGGCAGCGUCGAAGGCCCUCAACUACACUAAGCUGAACGUGACGCCUCACACCGUCAGGCACACCGCCCCGUCUCACGACAUCUAUCACAAGCAUCGGAACCUUGAGCAGGUGCGUCGGCGCGGCCGUUGGGCGGCCAAGAAGAGUGUGACCAGGUACGAGCGCCAUGCCAAACUGUUGAAGCAGUACAACAAGCUCGACCGCGUCCAGAUCUCGAGGAUGAACCGUUCAGCCCAGUCGUUCCCAGACAAGUUGUUGAGCUACCUGAG